CCUAAUUUAUGGAUACAUGUGAACAUAUGCUCUAUCUUAUGGGACCUAGUCUAUAUCUAGGUUUUGGGACUUUAGAUGGAAUAAAAGAAUACCAUGAAAGGCUUUUGAGAACCAGCCCUUGACCUCUGCUUGAGGCUCCUCCCUCUGAAGAUAUUACCAGUGUGUGGAGCCUGCCCCACACCCUCUCCCUGCUAAACCACGGCCUUUACCUGUGUCUUCCGGUGUUUCCCGUGCGACCCAUCCUGUGGGAGUGCCUCGUGGGCUGCUCCAGAGUUUACUGCACACUCAGUGGCACCAAUGGUGAAGAUGACAAGAUCCAAGACUUUCCAGGCAUAUUUGCCCUCCUGUCACAGGACCUACAGCUGCAUUCAUUGCAGAGCCCACUUGGCCAAUCAUGAUGAACUCAUUUCUAAGUCGUUCCAAGGAAGUCAAGGACGAGCAUACCUCUUUAACUCAGUAGUUAACGUGGGCUGUGGGCCUGCAGAAGAGCGAGUGUUGCUAACCGGAUUGCAUGCAGUCGCAGACAUUUACUGUGAAAACUGCAAAACCACUCUUGGCUGGAAAUAUGAACAUGCCUUUGAAAGUAGCCAGAAAUAUAAAGAAGGCAAAUACAUCAUUGAACUAGCACACAUGAUCAAGGACAAUGGCUGGGACUGAUCGGAGACCCUCCACCCAACCCAGUGUCCAUGUGAACACCAUCCAACUGAAUAUUCUACCCAAGCGUGAGAGAGUGACUGAACACUUGGUUCCAUCCAUUUAGGGGCCUUGCCAUUUGGGGCAUCCUCCUACCCUGACACCAUCUUUCUGGUGACUGGCCUCUAAAUUGCUGUCUCUCUGUCUCUUUGCUUUGUAUCUGUUUGUGAGUUGAUCCUGGCUUCUCUCUCUGUUCUAGUGUUGGCUAAAAACAAAACAACAAAAGGAACAGAUGCCUGACUGCAUGUCGGCAGCCCACUUUGAUAAAGCCUCAGGGUUCAUGCUAGAGCUGCCUGAUGGCUGCUUGUCAGGAGAGCAGUGCAUGGCACAGGGGUGUAAAGAAGAGGGGAAAGUGGGGGACCAUUAAUAGCCCCGGGGGGGGCAGGGGCAAGAGGGGGUAGAGAUAGGAACAAAAUUGUGCUAUUCCUGGAGACCUGAUAACUUAGGCUUGAAAUAAUUGACUUGUCUAAAAGGACAAAGAGAAAAAAAAAAUACCUCAUGACUGCAUUCUCUCUGAUCAGAAGCUUCUGUUCCUGACACCAUUAAUCAGAUGAGCACAAGAGGGGACCCUAAUUCUCCUGUCAGGGCAGGAUCCUGGUUCUCCUGGGCUGGUUGGGGGAUAUGUACUGGUGGCAAUGAGUGCACUUGGAUAAAGUGCCCAAGUGGUUUUUGAUGAAUGAUGCCUCACUGCUCUUCUGGGAAAUCUCUGCCUCUUCAGCCACCAUGGGUGAGAAAAGGGGAAUGCCACUUAUAAUGGGUGCAAAGAUCCAAACAUCACAAUGGCUUUGACCAGCAACCAAAUAAAAUCAGUAAUUACAAAGAUCAGGGAACAGAGGGGGCUGCAGUUUGGGAUCCUGUGCAAAAAAGACUUGAGAUAUUGGGCCAAAAAAAAAAAUGAAACCAGUUAGCAAUCCUGACCUUGUUUUCUGACCCUAAAUAAGAGAAGUGUGUUGUGGCAAGGAAAGGGGUGGGGUGGGGCAAUGCCAAGAAUAGUUUAGGCUUAAUUUAAACCUUUACAGGUUAGGUACAUCUUUCCUCUUUGGUAUGCAAUGGCUUCAGUGAGAUCAGCAAUUCUUUGUAUAUAGAGUUGUGGGUAUUUUCUCCAGUUCUGUCAUUGUAGACUAUGGAAAACAAAGUCGCAAGGCUUUGUGCUUAGUGAUAACCUGAUUGGUAGAUUUCUUCAUGCCUCUAGCUGUUCUUGUAGGCUUGUUUUUGUGUGAAGAGAACUCCAUAUAAAUGCAGCCCCGCAUUGGAGAGGGCUUCAGAUUCAAAGUCAGACUGCAAAUUACUAAAUUCAGUAUCCCCGUAGCCCCCCUAGUCCUGCCCCCCUACCUUCCCAUCUGGACUUGAUUAUAUUUGGGGUAUAGAGAACAAAUCCCUGUUAAGGCUCAUGAGAGAGAGGCGUUUGUUACAUUUAAUCAACACUGUGAAGUCUGUUCUACAGCAAUUCAGCCAGUAUAUGGUGCAUGACGGAAACUCAUUUAACUGAGUUAAUUUUAUUGCUUAGACAGAAAAUGUUAUUAUUGUUAAGAUAUAUGUAGAUUAUGUUAGGUAAUUCUCAGCAUCUCAUUCUCCAAGUAGCCUCAUUUCAUAGGAAAAGUCACCUUAAAAGUCACAAAAAGUGAGUUUAUAGAGAAACAAGAAUCUACAAAAUUGGUUAACCAAAAUUAAAGCAGCCAAUUCACGACAUUUUCAGAAUUGAACCAAAUUCCUACAGGGUGAGAGUCCGUGGUGGAAAUGCCUGCCCUUUUGUGACUUUGUGUUAAUUGUGAAAUGGAUUACCUGAGAAGGGAAAGGUAGCUCCAGGGCUAGCAAUAGACUGCCUCUGUCAGACAGAAGGGUCUUAAAAAUUGAAUUUUGUUCCCAAAGACUUUUUGCCCACAUCUUUCAGUGCUUUAAUAGCCCUGGGAGAUUAAGUUUUAGACUCAGUAUCAAAUUUCAAGUUACAAAUGCCAGUAUUCCCAUCACUACCUAACCUAUUCCCUACAUUACUAAAAAGCAUACAGAGGUUCAGAAACAUUUCAUUUCUGCUCAUUUCUUCUCCGGGGUGGGGGGUGGUGGGAGGUGGGGUGGGUGUGGAUUUCCUUAGACUUCCAGGCCCCAGAUGUCAAUUUAAAAAACAAAUUCAACUUUAACAUUCCUAAGCUGGCUUGCUAGCCCAGAAGUUACAGAUUCUCCUCUCUAACCCUAUGAAGGUAGUGGCCUUUGUUUGUUGGAUUUUGAUUAACCCCUUUACUCAGGGAAUGUCAUGGCUAUUGAUUCUCUUUUUGAUUAAAAGAAAACAGGUAUUUUGUUUUUGAAACUGAAAAUAGGAUGUGGUGACAUAGAAACCAAACAUGGGUGCCCUAGAGUUUUCAAGAAGAUCAGUGUGCUACUUUUCUUCCUUGGGAAUGGGGCCUCCUCUGUCUGUUACAUGAUCAGAAGAAGCUUCAGUUAGACCCCAGUUCUGGUCCCUCACCCCCAUUUGCUAUCUAUCAAGCAUUCAUUAUGUAUGUACAUGGCACUAUGCUUGAUGCAGUAGAUCUGAGGAGAGAGAAUGUUUGCUUCACCAUAGCUGUAGGGAAAAAAACAACUCAUUAGGCUUUCCCUUUGUGUCAAUGAAACCAAAAGUGCUUCUUAUAAUAAAUUUAGCUCCAUUAUGGUUUGUCUAAAGUUUCACAGUGUCAGAGAGACCUCAGCUGAGCGGUGGGAAUGUUCUCAACGCAUGACUGUUUAGUCAGUUCAUUCUUUAGUUUUCUCAUUAAAUUAUUAGCUCAGAACAUAACCAAAGACCUCAUCCCACUUAUCCCUGGCGAGUCUAGGGAACUGAGUUUGAUGGUAAAGCUUCAGUUGGGUGUGGGGAGUAGAGAAAGGGAAAGGGAGAAGUGAGAAAGGUAAGGGCCUGAAGUUCGGUACUUCAGCCAGAAGCUGCCUUCAUUUUCAACUGAAGUUCAGCCAGCAGACUCACUGAUUCCAUCUCUCCUGUGCCACUCAAGGUCAUAGGACCUUGGUUGCUUUGAAUUACACACCUACCAUAUAAGUCUCAGGCUGCUGAUAUGAAUCAUGGUUUGAUCUGAAUCAAGUGAAUCAAGUACCGAUAAAAUGAGAUGUCCACAGAUUGUCAGCUGGACCUGACUGAGUGCUGCCCCAACUCCUAUGACAGUAAAAUCAUGGAGAUUGUCAGGAUAGAGCAAAUCUUUACUGGUAGAUCAGUGUGUGAAGAAGAGGUGUCCCCUUUAUAAAAAGAUUUUAAAGUGGAUAUUGGAUAUAUAUAUAAAAGAGGCAGUUGUGAAAUAGACUUCUGUAAAUAAUAUUUAAUUUUUUAAAUAAUAUAUUUGGUGCUGUUUUCUCAGAUACCCUGAGAGCACUUUUUAUUUUUAUUUUUAAAUUCUGUGGUUUCCUCUGCGCUUCUUGAAGUAUAUAUUAAGGGAAACAGUGAUCACCAUUAUACUCUUUUGGAAAAGGAGAAAUAGAAAAAGGUCUCUUAUCACUUUAGUCUGGAUGGAGGUAAUAAAGCAAUACCUCCCUGCAGUUCCACCCCAGUAGAACAGACUCUGAAAUAUUUUCUUGCACCAGUAUUGACUAGAAAAGAAAAGAAAUUAAAUAAGUGAAUUUUGUAACAACUUAGAGUGAGUCAGUUAGAAUCUUGCUAUUAAGAGUGAAUGAGUGUGUGUGUGUGUGUGUGUGUGUGUGUGUGUGUACGCGCAUAUGUAUGUAUAGCACUUGAAUUGUGCCUCCUGCUUUCUUUUUUACUGGGGACACUCUACUUACAGUUUACAUCUUGAGCACAUAAGGUUUUACUGCUUUUUCUCUCUGGUUUGGUUUAUUUCUGAGCGGACCAACGGCAUAAACCACAAUGGUUUUGUUUUCCUGUGCAUGGACUUGUUGCUGGUUUGCUCCUAUAUCUUCCUUUGUGUGCUCAACUUUUACAGACCAUGAAGGAAAUCUGUUGUUUGUGAAGAUCAAGCAGAGUCAAAUCUAUUGAGAUUUGAGUGUAUUCAUCAUGCAUCCCAGGACUCCAGUUGUUAUAGAAGCCACAUUAUGUUAAACAUUAACUGGUUGGGGUUGAGAAAACAUUAAUAAAGUAAUACACAUACAUUGUAGGUAAACAGCUUUUUUUAAAAAAAAAAAAAAAAGAAAAGGUCAGAUUGUCUCAGGAUCAAGAAGGGGCUGAGAAAUCCAAUCUUGAACAUAUAUUCAACUUACAUAUUUUUAAAGAAAUCUGCCUCAAAGGGGGAAACGUUAGUAAUUUAGGAAUAGGAAAUAGAUGUGUCAAUAAAAUACAGUCAUGGAAUCUGUCAGUGGUGAAAGGUAAAACCAAUAAUAAACACGCUAUUCUCAUUUUACCAAAUUCUAUUUGCCAGUAUGUUUUAUAUGCUAUUUUGAUGAGAGACUUGGUUCCCUUUUUUCCAACCUGCAGAGACUAUCUUUAAAUACAGAAUCUGUCUAUUUAUGCUUGUGUUUACAAUCUGUAUUUGUUGGGUUUGGGUUUUGUUAUUAUUUUUCUUGUUUUUGUGUGUGUGGCACUUUUCAGGUCACAUUGCUUCAGUAACAAUGAUAAUUAUUUUCAAAUAAUUCGUCUUCACCCUUUCCUAUAUUUGUAUAUAAUGAUCCAGUAUUAGAGAAAAGUGCAUUGUUCUUGUCAUAUUUCCAAUCUGUGUUGGUGCUCAUUUGACAAAAUAAAGUUUUCAAAUAUUAA